AUGUGCCGUCUUGCCAUUUUCGCUCUUCUCGCCGUCGCCGCUGUCUCCGUUUACGGACAACCAGCCGGACAAGAUGUUCCACCAUUCCUCCGUAAUGCUACUCCAGCUCAACUCCAGAGCUUCCAACAACUCAUCCAAGCUAACGGUCAUUUGACUGAGUCUGCUCUCGACGCCAAGGUCUCCGCCUGGGUUACCACUCAAGGAGGAAAGGUCGCUGCUGAUUGGGCUGACUUCCAAAAGUUCAUCAAGGGACAACAAGGACAAGCCGAGGCUGCUCAUCAAGCUGCUGUUGCCAACUUCUCUCCAGCCGCCAAGAAGGCUGACACUGAUCUCACCGCCAUCUCCAACGAUUCAUCCCUCUCUGUUCAAGCCAAGGGACAAAAGAUCCAAGCUUACCUCAACUCCCUCCCAGCCAACGUCAAGGCUGAGCUCGAGAAGGCCCAAGGACAAUAA